AUGCAGGAAAUGGUCAUUCCAGCAGGGAAAGCGGGGCUCAUCAUCGGCAAAGGAGGAGAGACCAUUAAACAGCUGCAGGGCUUUUGCAGCAGCAGUACGGUGUCUGUACCAGAGAGUCUGCUCUUUGUGUCCACACUGGACGGAAACCUUUACGCGGUCAGCAAGAGAUCCGGAACAAUCAAAUGGACCUUAAAAGAAGAUCCUGUUUUGCAAGUCCCGACGCAUGUGUCAGAGCCUGCAUUUCUCCCAGACCCCAAUGAUGGCAGUUUGUACUCUCUCGGAGGGAAAAAUAAUGAGGGUUUGACGAAACUGCCGUUCACCAUUCCUGAGCUGGUCCAGGCAUCUCCCUGUCGCAGUUCUGAUGGCAUCUUAUACACGGGUAAGAAGCAAGACGUGUGGUAUGUUGUGGAUCUGCUGACUGGUGAGAAGCAACAGACACUGACCUCAUCCUAUGCUGAGAUGUUAUGUCCGUCUUCAUCUCUGCUCUACCUCGGCCGCACUGAAUACACAAUCACUAUGUAUGACACCAAGAGCAGAGAGCUGCGCUGGAACGCUACUUAUUCUGACUAUGCUUUCACCCUUCCAGACGACGACACCAAACACAAUAUGGCCCACUUUGUGUCCAACGGUGACGGCCUAGUGGUGACAGUGGACAGUGAGUCCGGAGACUUGCAGUGGGUUCAGAACUACAACUCCCCUGUGGUGGCGAUCUACAUCUGGCAGCGCGAGGGACUGCGCAAAGUCCCUCACACCAAUGUUGCUGUGGAAACGUUGCGUUAUAUCACUUUCAUGUCAGGAGAGGUGGGCCGCAUUACACAGUGGAAGUAUCCAUUUCCUCGGGAGAAGAAAACCAAAGAUAAACUGAUGUCCACAUUGUAUGUAGGGAAAUCGGACAAUAUUUGUUGGAAAUACGCAAAUGAAGUUGGAAAUAAACCUCGUGGCAGGACGUUUCCCAUGCUGGAGGGCCCCAGUAACCAGGAGUCAAGCAUGGAAGAUGAGCAGGAGUGUGUGAUCACUCCCAGUACCACAGUGAAGUUCAGUGCAGCACUGAAAGAGAGAAACCGCUUCAACUUCAUGAGGAAUUCACUGCUGCUGAUAGGUCACCACGAGACACCGCCUGAUGCUCAUAAUAAAAUUCUGGAGAAAUUUCCAGAGAGCAUCCCUCGCCAGCAUAUCAACGUCAUUCCCCCUGCCACAGAGAAGACUAUUGAAGAGAAAGUAAAUGAGAGUGGAAUGGAAGACAGCAGUCCUCUGCCUCCACCCGUGUCAUCCCUGCAGGAGAAACCCAGCCGCAUCCCACGUGUGGAGACUCCAGUGGACUCCAUGCUGAAGGACAUGGCCACCAUCAUCUUCUGCACUUUCCUUCUGGCCGGCUGGGUGGCCUUCAUCAUCACCUACCCCAAGAGUGUCCACAAGCAGCAGCAAUUGCAACACCAGCAAUUUCAGCAGCAGAUGGAGGAAAAGUUGGAGCUCCUGCAGCGGCAGCAGCUCAUUUUUCAGCCACCCACUGAUCUGCCUCCUGACACUGACUUCCUAGAGGCAGCCCAUACCCGCUCUGAGAGCUCCACCCACAGCAGUCCCAACAUCACACCACGAGCAUCCAACCAUUCCAACAUGUCCCAGUCUGAGAUGGGUCAUUCGGCUAAUGAGCACGAGGAUGCUGAAGAUGAAUCCAAUAUUGUCAGAAUUGGAAACAUCACAUUCAACCCCAGAGAUGUACUUGGACAUGGUGCUGAGGGAACUAUUGUGUACAGGGGUCAGUUUGAUAACCGUCCAGUGGCUGUGAAGAGGAUUCUCCCAGAAUGCUUCAGCUUUGCCGACCGUGAGGUUCAGCUGCUGCGUGAGUCAGACGAGCAUCCAAAUGUGAUUCGUUAUUUCUGCACAGAGAGAGACCGUCAGUUUCAGUACAUUGCCAUAGAGUUGUGUAGCUCCACACUACAAGAGUAUGUGGAACGAAAGGAUUUUAACCGCCACGGUUUGGAGCCAGUGACACUGCUAGAGCAAACCAUGUCUGGACUGGCUCAUUUACAUUCUCUUAAUAUAGUCCACAGAGAUCUGAAGCCACACAACAUCCUGGUGUCGAUGCCGAACACACAUGGGCGUGUGAAGGCCAUGAUCUCAGACUUCGGCCUGUGCAAGAAGCUGGCAGUGGGCAGACACAGCUUCAGCAGGAAGUCUGGGGUCCCGGGCACCGAGGGCUGGAUUGCUCCAGAAGUGCUCAGUGAGGAUGCAAAGCAUAACCCUACCUGCAUGGUAGACAUCUUCUCUGCAGGCUGUGUGUUUUACUAUGUGGUAUCUGAAGGCCACCACCCCUUUGGAAAAUCCUUGCAGCGGCAAGCAAACAUUCUGCUGGGUGCCUACUCGCUGGACCACUUAGACCUUAACAGACACGAGGAUAUUGUGGCCCGAAACCUGAUCGAGCAGAUGUUGAGUAUGGAGCCAGAGAAGAGACCCUCAGCAGACAGAGUGCUAAAACAUCCCUUCUUCUGGAGUCUGGAAAAACAACUGCAGUUCUUCCAGGAUGUGAGCGAUAGAAUUGAGAAGGAACCGUUAGAUGGACCAAUCAUGAGACAGCUGGAGAGAGGAGGACGGGUGGUGGUCAGAGGUGAUUGGAGGGAUCAUAUCACAGUGCCUCUACAGACCGAUCUUCGCAAAUUUCGUUCAUACAAAGGCGGAUCGGUCAGAGAUCUUUUACGUGCCAUGAGAAACAAGAAACACCAUUACCGAGAGUUACCUGAUGAAGUCCAGGAAACACUAGGAUCCAUUCCAGAUGAAUUUGUCUCCUACUUUACCUCCCGUUUCCCUCUUCUUCUGCAGCACACACAUUUGGCCAUGCGUUUCUGUGCCAUGGAGCGACCUUUCCUGCCUUACUACCACGCUUCUGAACUGCUCACACACCACACAGUAGCACAGUGUGUGCCACAGACUCCCCCCACACAGCAUAGCAGUCCAUCAGUGCCCUCAGGCCUGUCGUCGUCCAGUCCGACAUCAGCAGCUCUACAUGAACUGUCAGACACACUGUCUGAAAUGGCAGUCUUACUCGAGCUCACCACAGAGCACAUACAGACAGUCCCAGUGCCACCCACACUGUCCACACAGGAGACUGGAGCUCCUUUGUGCCUAGUGGAUGGACCCUUGACGGAUGGACCGUUUACGGAGACGUUCCAGGGAUGAGCCAUCUCUCUGUGUGGAUGCAGUCUGGGCCUGCGGUGUCCAGGCUGUGUCACCGCAGAGGCUGCCAUCUCAUCUUUAGUGCCUUACAUGCUCAUUUUAGACAACAGCUCUUGUUUGAGCAACUUACAGAUUCCUGGAGAAGAUGAUUUGGAGGAUGCUGAAGAAGAUGGCUUGGGUUGUCAGUGGUGUGCUCACAAAACUUUGCAGUCAUUCCUUCCAUUUGUCAAGUAUAAUGUGAUUGUAAGGCGAGGGAUUUUGUUGAACACUUGAAGUGAACACAAGAAUUUCUACUGUGCAAUGUUGAGUCGUGCUUGGUGAGAGAGAUCAUGCUAUUGAAUUUAUAUUUUUGUACAUAUUUUGAUCAUUGAUAAUUGGUUGAAGUGGCCAUUGUGCCUUUUUAAAUGACACUGUGCUGUGUGACUUAGUCCUGAGGAGAAGCUAAUGCUUGUGGUUUUCGCCUUUUGUCUUUGCUGCUGAAAGCUGUUAAAGGACUAGUUCUACCAAAAAUGAAGAGAGGUAUCAUUUAGUCGUCCAUACAUGUACGACUUUCCGUGGAACAGCAGAAUGUUCACUGUUCUCUUCUGUACAGUGACCACCUGCUGUGAAGCUCCGAAACGACUGAAAAGCAUCAUAAAAGUAAAUACAUCCAAAUUAAUUUAUUAUUCACUGAUAAUCUCCACCUCCACUGCAUUUCUUGAUUCUCGUUCAGAGUGUGAAGACGUCACACCAGAUUUGACAUCCGUGAAGCCAAAGAGCAUUGGUUCUCACAUAUCAUAUGUGGAAGCACAAAUCACAUUUGUCGUCUCGUAUGGCUACAGAAGGCUAUACAGCACACAAGCCAUAUGGACUACUGUGAUAAUACUGGUUUGAAACAAGAAGUAAAUAAUGACAGAAAUACAUUUUUGGGUGAACUGUUCCUUCAAAGUCUCUAACAUGGAACCAACUAUACAGUAUGACAUUACCGGUAUUAUGCUUUCAAAAGUUCUGGAUAUACUUUCAUGACAAACUUCCUGUAUUGUGCUCAUAAUUUCAGUCAUUCAUGCAUGCAAUUUUAUAUUUUGGCAUAUUUCAGCAAAACAUGGUAAAUUGUAUGAAUUAGUUCCCUUGGAUUCUGGAUAGUGUGGUUUAGUUAUAGCUUUCAGGUGAUUCUCUUAAGUGGUUCUUAUAUAGGGAAAUAAUUUAAGUAUUUUCUAGGUUUUAAUGGAUCCCUGCUUCAAAAACUAUGGGCUGUUGUCAGGAAAUACUAGGAAAAAUGUCUCUCCUGUGCCUGAUGCUGGUCAUAUGUUCAGUCCAUAUACAGCAUUGUAAUCUAAAAUGCAUGAAGUUUUGAACUGAAAUAUUCCAAAUGGAGCUUUUAUAAUGUUAGAUGUUUUUAAUGUUCCUUAUAUAUUUUUAAAUGGCACAUUUUGAGGGAAAAAUUAUUAAAUGCAGUAAUGCCUUUUUACAUGUAGUGUUAAUAAAAGCUGCUAGUGUGCAAUGCCAAGCACGUUUUUACCAGCCUUUGGACCAGAUAUGAGUGCAAAUAGCCAACCUUCUUGGCAAAGCCUGUUUUCGCUAAUGUCAAGUCAAUGCUCCAAUUGCUCACCAUUGCUCAAAUAUUUUAUAUAUAACAUGUUACUUCUAUUUACUUUUUGUUAGAAUAGCAUCUAUCUCUACUUGCACUUAGUAUAAACAUUUUUAUUUAUACAUGUCAUCAUGAUGCAAACAGUAACUACUAACUACCACCAUUUACAUUAACUUUUUUUAACAGUUUGUGUAUAAUUUAGGAAAACCAGUAAGCAUACACCAUUGCAGCUCACUGUAAAGUAAAACAGAAUGAAAACAGGUAGAAUGACGAUUAGCACAAAACACGGAACCUGGUUUUUAAACUGUUCCGAUGCAGUGGGACUACAGAAAACUUUAUUUUUAACUCUUAACUGUGCAUUUUCAUUUGAGAGGUUAUUAAAGUUUCUCAGCACCAUUAUUUAGGUGCGCUUUAAUUCAUAAUUUAUCAUAUUUUAGAUGUUGUAACAGCUGAAAUCACUGAUGAUGACCAAUACAUAUUCAGUCUGAUACAUACAGAAGUAAUGCAUCAUAUUUUGAUGUAAUGGAAGACAAUAACAUUAAUUCACUUAACCCAUUUAAACCCAAAUAUUUCCUAGACAUGAAAAUAUCCAAAUAAUGUAUCAUCAGU